AUGCCUGGUCCAUGGAAGGUGGAGUUCGGUGUCGCUGUUAUUAACGGAAGUUUUCUUGUUAUGGCUGGUCAUUCAUUAAUUGAUGGAGCUGUUUCUGUCUCGGCAGAGGUUUUCCAAUAUAACUCUAACCUCGACAGCUGGAGUAGAUUGUCAAACAUGAAUGUGGCUCGGUACGCUUUCGCCUGUGCAGAAGUCAAUGGCUUGGUUUAUGCAGUUGGAGGAUAUGGAGCAGAAGGCGACAGUCUCUCUAGCGUCGAGGUGUAUGAUCCGGAUACUAACAAGUGGACAAUGAUAGAGAGUCUUCGCCGUCCAAGAUGGGGUUGUUUUGCCUGUGGAUUCGAGGGGAAGCUCUAUGUGAUGGGCGGAAGGUCAAGUUUUACAAUCGGAAACUCAAAGUCUAUCGAUGUUUACGAUCCUGAGAAGCGAAAGUGGUGUGAGAUGAAAAAUGGGUGUGUCAUGGUCACUGCUCAUGCAGUACUUGAAAAGAAAUUGUUCUGUAUGGAGUGGAAGAAUCAACGAAAGUUAUCGAUAUUCAAUCCUGAUGAUAAUUCAUGGAAAACAGUAUCGCUGCCUCUGACGGGGAGUUCGAGUGUUGGUUUUAGAUUUGGGAUACUUAAUGGUAAGCUUUUGUUGUUUUCUCUGAAAGAAGAUUCUACAUAUAGGACUUUGUUGUAUGAUCCGAAUGCAUCGCCGGGGUCGGAGUGGGGGACUACUGAUAUAAAACCAUCUGGUUUGUGCUUGUGGAGUGUAACUAUCAAGUCCUGA